UUGUUGAUUCCAUCUCUCUCUCUCUUCACUCUCGCAUUCUCGAAAUGCAAUUUCUCGCUUGUUUCUAUGAUUAACUCUUUUUCGGUUUUUUCUCUUCUUAAUCGAUUGUGGUUAGGGUUCUAAAAAAUCUCCAUUUGCGUCCUUAAUUUUACUUUUCUAGCUUCUCCAGUUCUUAUUUCUUAUUUCUUUUUCUUCGGUUAUUUCAAUUGACUAGGAGCUCUUCGAUUCUCCGAUUUCUAUAGAAUUACUGAUAAAUCCUUCUGCAAUCACUAGGGUUUUUGUUUUCGGUGGGUUUUUUUUUUUUGGCAGCUGAAAAUUUUGCUAUUGGAAUUUUCGAGAUUCAGUAAGAAACAAUCAGAGAGGAGGAAGUGUUAGAAUGGUAGAUGAAACACACACAAGAUGCGUAACGUUCGCCAUGAUUCUGGAUCAGGCGAAGAUUUUGCAAUAGAGAAAAAUUUUCACAAAGGCCCUUGGACAUCAGCAGAAGACCAGCUACUGAUAGCUUAUGUUGAUAAACAUGGUGAUGGUAAUUGGAACGCUGUUCAGAAACACUCUGGCCUUUCUCGGUGUGGUAAAAGCUGCCGUCUUCGUUGGGUGAAUCACCUGAGACCUGAUUUGAAAAAGGGAGCUUUUACGGAGAAGGAAGAGCAGCGUGUUAUCGAGCUUCAUGCUUCAAUGGGUAACAAAUGGGCAAGAAUGGCUGCAGAACUACCGGGUCGAACGGAUAACGAGAUUAAGAAUUUCUGGAACACGAGGCUUAAGAGACUGCAACGACUUGGCUUACCUAUUUACCCUGAUGAAGUUCGAGAGCAAGCUAUGAAUACAGCAGCUCACAAUGGUCAAAACACUGAUUCAUUGGAUGCUCAUCAUAGUCAAGAAUCAUUGGAGCCAGACAGUCUCGAGAUCCCUGAAGUGGAUUUCAAGUACUUACAACUCAAUAACUGCUCCUCGUACUACCAGUCAAUGCUUCGCAAUGUUCCCACGGGUAACUUGAUGAGACAGAGACCAUGUUUCUUUCAGCCUAAUAUGUACAACUUGACUGGAUCUAUGUACAUGCCAAACCGCAAACGCUUUAGGGAACCGGAAACCGCAAUUCCUUUCGUGGGUUGUUACGCCACGAACGAGCAAAGUGGUCAGCUCUGGAACUAUCCUCUCGGAGAUAGCAAUCCGGAACAGUUCAGCGUUUUACCAGAUAGCCAUUUGCUUGGCAAUGCUACAUAUUCUUCUCCUUCUGGGCCUCUCAUUCACGAGGCCGAGAAGUUGGAGCUCCCUUCAUUCCAAUGUUUUGAACCUCAAGAAGAGCCUGGCGAUUGGAUAACACAAGAGACUAACCCAAUGCCAGAACUUGAUUCAGACAAUGCUUUGGUCCAGUCCCCUCUGACAGAUCAGACACCAUCAGAUUGUCCAUCAUCAUUCUGUGAUGGAUUGUUGGAAUCGGUUGUCUAUGGAUCACCAGGGGAACGACAGGCAACAAAUACUGAUUCAGAUUCUCCGCUGAUUCAGUCCUCUCUACUUGAUCAUACUGAGUUUACACCAGCGACUGCAAACACAAUAGGACACAACUCCAGUUUUGAACAAGAUUUGGGUCAUUUUGGUCCAACAUCCUCAAGUGAGAGACGCGCAUCCUUUGAAAGCGGCGAUUGGAUAAGACAACUUCUUGGCGAGGAUAGGGAUCACUACACAAAGUAGACGAGGAUUCUAUCGAUUGCAUGACGCAUAGAGGGCUCUCUCCCCCUCUUGUCUGAUCUCUGACUUACUCUGAGUAGAUUAGUCAUGUCUUUAAGUAUAUCAGUACUGUGGCUACCAAAAAUAGUGAGCGAUUAGCUUUUUUCCUGCGGUUUACAAGGACAGUAGUAUCGAUUUGAUACGUAGGGGUUCUAAUGAUUUUAAGCAAGCGGUUUGAUGAUAAUCCAAUAGAA